CCCCACCACACCACACCACACCACAACACACAAUAGCACAACACAACAGGACAUGACACAGCACCACACCACAACACAACAAGACAACACAACAACACAACACAACACCACACAACACACUCAGUAGAAUCUGCUAAGAAGGACAGACGAUGUUGUGAUGAUGAUGGUAAUGAUGAUGAUGAUGAUGACGCUACUAAUGGUGAUGAUGAUGAUAGUUUGUGUUGUUUUUUUAUCUGUAAGGCUACAUGUGAAAUGUGUUGUUUUGCCAAUAAUUUCAAAUAUCUCCAAAGGAAUGUAUCUCUGGGCUGUCUCCAUGGUUCCAGUGGGUUCUGUGUAGGUUCUGGUUCCGCUACCGCUGGGCCGGGUCCAGCCCACAGUCAGCUGGAGAGCGCGCUCAGUACACAGGUGUGUUUCCUGUAACCGUCGAUGAUGAACCUCAGCAUAACAGACUUGAUUUAACAAAGAAUUAAGAGCAAGACUCUGACCCACUCAGAUAACCAACUCCAACCCUUUUCAAUAAAUCUAUUUGGUCUUGUAUGUGUGUGACAGAGUGACUUCCUUCACUAGCUCUGUACCCCUCAUAUUCACUUACAUUUUCAGCCACAAAUGACAACACCGCUUUAGUUUUUAGUUUCAGGAGACUUUCAAACUGUUUUCUGAUGCUGUAUGAAGUUGAUCUUCUUAAGUGCUAAGAUUAUGCAAACGGUUUACCUUCAGUUCUAGGGAUGAAGAGAAAUCUGCUUUAUACUUUCAACAUGUCCUUCUAUCUUUAUAUUGAAGUAAUUGUGUCUUAUUAAUGUGAACCGACAAUCUAACAGACGUCCAAUUUCAUCGAGCACGAAAGUAGCGCUCACUAACACUUAUGAUCCGUCUUUCAACAGACAGCUAAAGGCCAGCUAUGUGCGCAUUAUAAUAAAAAAAAAUCCGUUGCACAACAUCAGAUGUUUUAUGGAGAAAUAAAUAGACCCCAUCAAACCUCACACUUUCUAUUAUUAGUGCGGGGAAGCAUCGCUCCGAUGCAGCGCAGUGCUGUGUGGUUUUGGGUAAACGUUCGCCCAUCCUAUCUCCUUUAAAGGACUGUGUACUCUACUCUAAAUUUGGGCAUGCGCUCGCGAUGGAUUUCUUGGAAUGUCCAAGCAUCCCAGACGGAUGAUGAGAGGCGAGGACGUCGCCCGAGUCUGCCUCCGCUCCGCACCCGUGUACCGGCCCGGCAGGAUUGGAAUCACCUGAGCGUGCUUCCACUGGAAUACCAGGGAAACCAGGAGGAGAUACGGACAGUCCCAGAGGAGUAAGAGUUGUUUUCUGUCUCUUUGGAGAAGAUUUGUUUUCACCACGAACAUGUCGCAAGACUACUUGAACCGGAGGAAAGUGCGGGGACUGACCAAGUUAGGACGCAUGGUGAGCGAGGACCCAGACAUCGACAAUCUGCUUUCCAACCUGUCCCCCGAGGAGCUCGAGGAGGUGGAAAAAGAGGUCAUGAUGGUCCCAGGGCCCGACCCCAGUGAGAUCACUAUCGUAGACCAAACGGAUUCCACCAAAAACAACGCACGGGGAGCAAAAUCGGACGCAGUCGGUAGUGACUCCAGGAAAUCCCUUCAAAGAAAUAUGUCUGUUGAGGCCGACUCAAAGGAGAGCAGGAAGCAGGAGUACCUGCGCAAGAUGGGCUGGAGUCAGGAGCGGAGGGACAGCGUCCAGCGGCAGGACAGCGUCCAGCGGCAGGACAGCGUCUCCUGCUCACGCGAAAACAAGACGGAGGCCAGGAACAGCAGAGGCCCUGCGGCAGGGGACAGACCCCAGGAGGAGCAGACGGGAGUGGGCUCCUCGCAGAGGAGGCGCAGGGAGGAGAGCCGCGACGCGGAGGUCAAGGGAGACAAAACGAGCGAUGGGAAGCCCAGCGACUCCAAGGAGAGCAGCAGCAAGACCAAGGAGAUGAUCUCUAAACUGCAGGAGAAGAAGGAGAAGGAGGAGGCGCGGGAGAGGGAGAGGAAGGAGGAUGUGAGGAGGAGGGACGACAGCAAGAUGAAGGGGCUGAUCUCCAAGCUGGAGGAGAAACGAGAGAAGGAGGAGGCGCGGGAGAGGGAGAGGAAGGAGGAGAUCAGGAAACGAGACGAGAGCAAAACCAAGGGGCUGGUGUCCAAGAUGGCGGAGAAACAGAACCAGAGCGAGGUGGACAAGGCAGACGAGAGGAAGAAGCCAGAGCUGAAGGACAAGGGAACGAGGGAUGAGGGAGGAGAAAAAGUGGAGGAGAACACACGUCCCAACGAGGGAGUGGAGGAGAACACACGUCCCAACGAGGGAGUGGAGGAGAACACACGUCCCAACGAGGGAGUGAAGCUGGACGAGACGUCCAAACCAGCGCUGGACCAGAAGGAGCCCGUGGGCAACUGUGUGACGGACAAGAAGGUUCCAAAGCCGAAGUCGAAGGAGGAGGAAGAGGAGGAGGAGUCGGCGAGCAUGUUUGACGAGGACCUGCAGAAAGUCCGCAGCAACGACCCAAACAUGACGGAGCUCAACGUCAACAACUCAGAGGUCAUCAAGGCCAAGACGCUGAUCCAGUUCGCCGAGGCGCUCCGCGACAACACACACAUCAAAACGUUCGCCCUCGCCAACUGCCGGGCAGAUGACCAUGUUGCCUACGCCAUCGCCGGAACGCUGCGCGUCAACAAGACCCUGACCAGCAUCAAUCUGGAUUCCAACUUGUUAACCAGCAAGGGCAUCAUGUCUCUGAUCCAGGCGCUGCAGCACAACGCCACGCUGACCGAGCUCCGCUUCCACAACCAACGGCACAUCUGCGGGGGCAAGUCCGAGAUGGAGAUGACCAAGAUCCUGAAGGACAACACCACGCUGCUCAAGCUGGGCUACCACUUCGAGCUGGCCGGCCCACGCAUGACCAUGACCAACAUCCUGAGCCGCAACAUGGACCGGCAGCGGCAGCGACGCCUGCAGGAGCAGAAGCAGGCGCAGGCCAACGGGAAGAGGCUAGGAGGUGCCUAUGGCAAAGGGGGCUUCCGCCGCCUAAAGCUCCUUUCCUCGCUUCUGCCACAGCCGGCCCCAUGCUCGCCUCUAAGAUGCCCCGCUGAGGAAGGCAGGGGUCAGCUCCAGGACUGCCAGGGUCCCCGGCCGGGCUCCACCACUCUCUACCUCCUGCACUCCAUGCUGGACGGCGACUUCCUGAAGAACUCUCUGACGCCCGUGUCACAAAGAAAGGUGGAGGAUCGCACAGCGGGGCGGAGCGAUGGCAAGAAUUCACGUGACCAGCUCCUUGCGUCCAUCAGGGGCAGUGACAUGAAGAAGCUCAAGAAGGUGGCUGUACCAAAGCUAUUGCAGUAACCAGGCAGGGCAGCGGCCGGACAGAAAGCAGGACGAGACGCGGACGCGUGUGUGUAGCCAUGGAGACAGAGCAGACAUCUCAUGAGUGCCGGGGAGAAGAGAGGAGAGGAGAGGAGAGGAGAAGAGAAGAGAGGAGAGGAGAGGAGAGGAGAAGAGAACUCAAACGUCGUCAGCAGAGACGCCUCCUGGAGGUCUCCACUGCCGCCCCACAGCACCAGCACCAGUACCAGCACCGGGCGCAGGGACACACAGGGACAAACAACCAUCAGAUGCACAGCCUCCACCUGGCCCUCUGUUUACUCUCUCUUUCACACACACACACACACACACACACACACACACACACACACUCACACACACACACUCACACAC